GAUGACGCCCAGCUUCCGCCGCCACCGCCGCCUCCGCCCCCGCCCGGCGUCGGCGCCGCCGCUGGAGGACGGCGACCUGCUCGACGAGAUCCUCCUCCGCCUCUCCCCGGAUCCGUCCUCCCUACCGCGCGCCUCCGCCGUCUGCACCCGCUGGCGCCGCCUCGUCUCCGACCCCGGCUUCGUCGGCCGCUUCCGCCUCCGCCACCGCCGCAGCCCUCCCAUCCUCGGCUGCUUCAUCAGGGACAAGCAAAGUCCGGUCGUCUCCUUCGUGCCCACCAUGGAGGCCCCCAAUCGUGUCCCCGCCGAGCGCUUCUCCUUGCAGCUCGGCGGCCGCGGCCCCAUCACUUUCCUCGACUGCCGCCACGGCCUCCUGCUCAUGUUCCUCCCGUAUUGGAUCAAGGUCCUGGUGUGGGACCCCGUCACCGGAGACCAGCACCGCCUAGACAUUCCCCCGGGGUUCGACACGAAGCAGGGGAUCGGCGGGGCGGUGCUUCGCGCCGCCGGGGCCAUCCGCCACUUCCAGGUGGUCUUGUUGGGCAGAGACAAACAAGUGAUCACCGCCUGCGUCUACUCGUCCGAGGCGGGCGUAUGGGGCAAUCUCGUCUCGACUCCGCUUCCAAAUGAGGUGCCAGUUGACUUCGAUUUUAGGGGGGUGCCUGUGCUGAUUGGGGAUUCCCUUCACUAUCUGAUUACGGGUGUCUGUUCUAGAAUCCUUGAGUUUGAUUUGAAUAAGAGGAUCCUAACCGUGAUAGCAGGGCCUGUAGAUAUUCUUGAUGUGGGUAGUUGCCAAUCCACGGUUAUGCGGGCAGAGGAUGGUGGGCCUGGUAUUCUAUUCAAGUCUGACUGCAAUGUCCAGUUGUGGAGGAGGAAGAUUGAUUGUGAUGGCCAGGCUUCAUGGGUGCUGGGAAGAACUUUUGAGCUAGACACGCUACUUUCCCUGAAUUCAGAGGAGAAAGAGCCCACGGUGAUGCUAGGCUUGGCUGAGUACAAUAAUGCGGUGGUGGUGCAGACGGUUGCCGGCCACUUCAUGGUCCAGCUUGAGUCAUUGCAAUUCAACAAGAUGUACGAAGCCAGCAGUUGGCAUUUCCAUCAACCAUUCGAAAGUGUCUAUACUGGAGAAACAAGCAUUGGUGGUGGAGGACACAAUGGAGCUGAACUUUUGCACAACACUUAAGAUGACUGUCUGGUUCAGUAUGUUAUUAUGACGUACUGGUUGAGUAGGUGUCUAGGAUUGUAUCCUGGUUCCGGAGAUGCAGGACUUGGAUUCUGUGCUGUAGUAUGUAGGUUCUUCCAUUAGUAUGUUUCACGUGGAGUCAAAUUGGCCAUCAACGUUGCAAACAUCUGCUGUCAGGUGUCUAGAACUGCGUUCUGCUUGCUGAGAUGCAGAAAUGGGAUUAUAUGCUGCAGGUUCUUCGAUUUUGUGCACUUCACCGACUCUGUACCACACUCAAGUGUGGAGAGUAACUGCAGGAAUUAAUCGUUUAAUUCGGUAACUACGCGCUGGUAUUAUCUAAUCGAAACUUCUUCCCGCACGAUACUUGUGCCCGACAGGUGCACGACGUGCAAAUCCAGCGGCUAGUGCCCUUCUCAGUCAUAUGCAUACCCGGCUGGAUUCAAUUAUCGUCUAUGGAUCGUGCAAAACUUGCCGUGUGUAUAGCACGACUCUUAUCUAAUUUCUGGACACAAAUAGUCAUUCAACUUUCAUGAUGAAUACUUCGUCUUGCUUCAGUUAUUGUUCCACUGGCGGAAUUAUGAAAGCUAGCCUGCCUGCGAUGGCCUUGGCUUACAUUUGGUGCGUGUGUGUGUCUGUCAGUUUUCGUUGUGUCACUCCAUUUGCUUAUGUUCCAUGAUUUUAUCAAGUGCAUCGUAUGUGUGAUAGUCUGCGUGUGUUGGAUUAAUUUCUAUUGCAGUAUUUGAUUCUCGCUAGUUGAUGUUGUAUUGCACCUGCUUGCCUGGCCCAAUAAUCUUGCCCUGCUAGUAUAACUUAAGUCUCUCGCCUUAUUUUUAGCUAGGUUUAGGGUUUAUAGAGAUGGUGGCUGCUUUAUUCCCGAUCCCGGUCGCCAUGGCCAGCGGAGCCGGAGGAGGGAGACCGUCGUGUCUUCCCCGACUGGGUGAUGCUGGAUUGCAUCGGCCGCACCCACUGGUACGGCGACCUAGGCGCUGCCCAUGAGGCCGUCAGCAGGAACAAGACCACCGUUCGCCUCGACAUGGGCAGCGGCCACUCCAUGUUCGAGUGGGAGCCACAUUGUGUGAUCGACCUGGAGCGCCGUUUGGCGCAUCCUAGUGUACCUCAUCGGCGUCUUCCCGAGUUCCUGAUCAUCAGCGCUGAUGACCCGGAUGUUCUGUGCUACCUGUUGCGGAAGGAGGAGUUUCAUGGUGAGGCCUCCAUGGUCGUGGUUGACAUGAACCAUGCUCACCUGCGGUCGUCUACUCCAUAUAUCAACCGACGGCCUGAGGAUGAGAAAGCCCACAAAUAUUUUUUUGCCUUGUGUUUAUCCGUCUCUGAGUGUAAAUUUUCAGCCACUUGGCUUUGUCUUUUUUGAGGAAAAAUGGCACGUGCUCUGCCUUUGCAUUAUAGAUAAAGAAUUUGAAGAGUGCUGCUGUAAGAGUCAUAGGUGAUCUCAUCAGGA